GCGGCGGACCACGGAAGAUAUUUAUCGCGGACGAGUGUUCACACAAACUGGUUCCGGGUAGCAGCCUGGUGGCUAACGUUAGCUGAAACAGAAACGCAGUCCUUCACUCCACUUUCUACAGAGUGGGUCGACAGGAAUUUGGAGACAGGAUGGACGGUGAAGAGAGGACCUAUGGUGGCUGUGAAGGGCCAGAUGCCAUGUAUGUGAAGUUGAUCUCUUCAGAUGGCCACGAAUUUAUUGUAAAAAGAGAACAUGCUUUGACAUCUGGGACUAUCAAAGCCAUGUUGAGCGGACCAGGUCAGUUUGCUGAAAAUGAAACCAACGAAGUGAACUUCAGGGAGAUUCCCUCUCACGUCCUGUCUAAGGUCUGCAUGUACUUCACCUACAAGGUCCGUUACACCAACAGCUCCACAGAAAUCCCAGAAUUCCCCAUCGCUCCGGAGAUUGCACUGGAAUUGCUCAUGGCUGCCAACUUUUUGGAUUGCUAAAGUUACAGAAACAAUGUUUCAGCUUAAAAAAAAACGUUUUAGAUAUGUUUUUGUUUCUUUGAAAAUAUUUAAAUUGUUUUGCCAGUUACUUUAUUGCAACCCGAUAAGUAUGUUAUCAUGUUAUCAUUUUAUUUUUUUUGCACUUGGCAUUCUGUCAUAAUUGUAUUAGUAUGAAAGAUUUCAUUUUAAUGUAAUACAGAUAUGGCGGGCUGCACUGGCCCCAGAAUGUGAUAACUAUGCCCCCACCCCAUAAAUGUUUUCUCACCGCCCGAGAUUAAUAAAGACCUGUUUGGUGA